GAGGAUACUUAAAUAUGAAACUGAUUCUCAAACUAGAGUAUUGCGUGAUAAGUGGAAUCAUAUUAACGUUUACAUCAUUCGCUGCAGAAAACGAACCUAUUAUAAAAGUGCAUUCGGGACAGCUGCGAGGUAUUAAGGAAAAUAAUUUUUUCGCGUUUCGCGGAAUUCCAUAUGCUGCACCACCAAUCGGCCAAUUAAGAUUUAGAGAUCCAAAACCGGUUGAACCGUGGUCUGGUGUUAGAGAUGCUACGAAAUUUGGUAAUUCGUGUACUCAGUUCGAUAGAUAUUCGAAGAAGGUUUUGGGGAGUGAAAACUGCUUGUUUUUGAAUGUCUAUACCACGAAUUUGACUCCUCAAGAACCGCGGGCAGUCAUGUUUUGGAUCCACAGUAGUGCUUUUGCGAUAUGGUCUGGUAAUGAUGAUAAAUUCGGACCCGACUAUUUGGUGCAGAAAGAUGUCAUCCUUGUGACGAUUAACUACCGUCUUGACAUUUUUGGGUUCUUGAAUUUGGACGACGAAUCAGUACCAGGAAACCAAGGUUUAAAGGACACAAUGAUGGCUCUGAAAUGGGUUCAGCAGAACAUUGGAAAAUUUGGAGGAAAUCCUAAUAGUGUUACUAUUUUUGGACAGUCUUCUGGAAGCGCUAUGGUUCAUUAUUUGACUCUUUCACCUUUAACCCAAGGGCUGUUCAACAAAGCUAUUUUGCAAAGCAGUGUCGCUUCAAAUCCAAGAUCAUACGUAUCCUACCCAAUGAAAGACGCUGCAGAGCAAGUAUCUGGAAUAAUGGGACGAUCAAAUGAAGAUUUGAUUGUCUUUCUUCAAAAUGCAGAUCCUUCUGACCUACUAAAAGCUAUCCAAUCAUUAGAGUUCCGAGAGGAAGGAUAUUUGAUCAAUUUCCCGUUUGUUCCUUCAGUAGAUUCAAAAUCAAAGUUUCCCUUUCUCAGCAUUCUGAUAAUUGAAGCUGUUAAAGCUGGAAUCAGAGUACCUCAUCUUAUUGGCUAUACAAGUAAAGAAGCAAUUCGCUUUAAAUCGGGUAGUUAUUCUCAGCUCUAUUGUGUUGUCAUUCCAGAUCUUACAGAUGAAGACUACAAGGAAAUAGCUGCUAAUCCAGAGAAGCUCCUCCUCCAUCCAAACGGCAAGAAGUUUUUGGAAGCUAGAAAUAUUUCUGUGAGCGAUAUGAAAACAUUCUUUUAUGGUGACAAGGAAAUAAGUAGAGCAAACGCUCAACAGUACAUAGAUUUGGUCAGUGCUGAUUUCUACUGGGUUAACAUCCAUCAUGUUUUGGAAAUCCAAUUAUCAGCAUCUAAGAUUCCGUCGUAUUUGUACAAAUUUGACUAUUAUUCCAAGGAGUCUGCAGUGGUUCAAAAGAUGCUUAACACAGACUUGGAAGGUACGGCACAUACUGAAGAAAAUUUCUAUCUCUUCAAUGCAACUAUACUGAAGAAACUUGGAAUUGAUCAACCAUGUAAGUUUCCAGUAGAAAAAGUCAUUCAAAAACAAUUUUUGGAUCUGUGGACUACUUUUGCUAAAACAGGAAAUCCGAAUUUGGCGGUGGAGUUGGGUACUGUUCAUUGGGAGCCUGUUGAUGAUCCAAUAGAGUUCAAAUGUUUAGAAAUAUCUAAAGAUCUUAAGCUUAUUAAAGAGAAGAAUCUUUUGUAUCAACUUAAAACUCAAGAAAAUGUUAAGACCUAAUCCUCUUAAGAUCAUAUAAGUCACAUGUAUGAAAAAUACACGGAAAAAAGAAAACAAGAAUAAUUACAGUAUAAAAUGUAAAAUCAAGCCCG